GGGAGGUGAUCUGGUUUGCAAUUUUGUGGACAGUGUGGCUGAGUAGAAAUAAACAAGCAUUUGUAGGGACUGAGGGAUAUAUAUGAUCUUUUUGAGCGAGAAUGAGAAGGAAAGUGCGAGAAAGCUUCGACGGCGGUGGAACACGUGACAGAGGGACGACACAGCAAUGGGAGGGAGCCGAGCACAGAGGAAGGAACCGAUCAGUGUAUGAGGGGGUUGUUGCACGGGGAAACAGUUCCAGAAAACCAGAUAUUUGGGGAUUUGAUCGACGGGUGUAUAACCAGGCCACUGCGUUUUUCUUUACAAAUUUCCCUGAAGAUUGGAGUCAUGAAAGCAUGUGGCAAACUUUUCACAAAUAUGGUAGGGUUCUAGACAUUUACAGCCCUAGGAGGAAAUCUAAAAUGGGGAGCAGAUUCGGGUUCGUCAGAUUCAUAGGAGUAAGAAACGUGUGGGAGCUGGAGAAACAAUUGGAUCAAAUUUGGGUGGGCAAGUUCAAAAUUUGGGUUAACAGACCAAAGUUUACAGACAAGGAAAGUCCUAAAAGAACAACUCAAGGACUUAAUGAACUGGGCAAAGUUGGAGUGCAAAGAUCCUACGCUGAAGUGGUGAAAGGAAAUCUUAAAACCAGAGCAGACACAGAGAAAGGGAAGCAAGCAAAUGGAGAGACAGCUCAUCGCCAGAUGUGGAACAGCAAUGUGAAUAGAAUUCCGGUGAAAGAGUGGAGAGCAAAGCAGAAGGAGCAGGCAAGAGCUGGCAUUGAGUUCACCGUGAAGGAAGAAGAAUACUCAUGGUUGCAAGGAUGCUACGUCGGGACGGCCCAUUCAAUUGAGAUAAUUCCGACUCUCCAAGAAAAAUUUUUCAUGGAGGGAUACUUUUCAUGCAAAGUUAGACCAAUGGGGGGAAGCAUUGUCCUACUAGAAGGAGGAGAUAAGGAGGAAAUUAAAGAUCUUGUAGAGAUGGCACCGGAAUGGUUGGGACAGUGGUUUUCAGAACUCAAGCCUUGGAACACGUCAAUGGUUGCAAGGGAGAGGUUUGUUUGGCUUCGUUGCCAAGGCGUCCCUGCCCAUGCUUGGGGUCCGAAUGUGUUUGCAACAAUUGGCUCUGUGUAUGGAAGAUUCAUAACACUUGAUGACAGCACUAGCAGAAAAUUGAGAUUCGACAUAGGAAGGAUGUUGAUAUCUACUCCGGUGAUGGAUUUUAUAUCCAAAAGCAUAACCAUCGGGGUCAAUGGCGAGUCAUUCUCAAUCAAAGUAAUGGAAGAAGAGGCCACUAAUGGAAUCUUCUCCAUGAAAUCCGACCAUGUUUUCAAGGAGCUGAGCGGAUCAGACGAAGUAAGCUCAGAAUCUUGGUCGCUCGACAGUGAUUUCAAGGAUGAAGUGAGUGUGGCAUAUCAUGGUGAUGGAGAGGCAAAAAGCAGUCGUAACUCACCUGCAAAGAGGAAGGUUGAAGAUGAUGACGUGGAUGCAGUGGAGACGUCACAGGUUGCAAAAACCACGGUGGAACACUCAAUCUACCGUUGGAAACAAGGGCGCCAAAAUUCAAAAAAGGACCUAGUGUCGGUGUUGAAUGACAGCCCAGCUAAUGUAGAUGAUUCCCGAGAAAGUCUACACACUAAUAGGAUUGAAAAAAUCCAAGCUCUCUGCAACAACAAUCAUGAUGGAUCAACAUUUGAAAUAGAGAAGUUACCGGCUAGUUUAGACACACAGAAAAUUCAAAAUGAUGAAAAUCAAAAGCUGGAGGAAUCCACUGGGCCGCUUAAGAGGUCAAGCCCAGCGGAGGCAGUUGGGUUGGCAGUUGGGUUGGCAGUUGGAUCUCGGGCCAUCAAGAAUCCUAGGCUUUCUAAACAGCCCACUAAUGAAAUGGAUGACAGCAUUUCAGAUUGGGAGGAAAUGGUCCGGAAAGUAGAACUAAAGGGGCCAAAUCAAUUAGGGAAUGAAAAUGAGAGCAAGGGGUCUUCAUCACAGUUAAUCCGAGAGGAACAAAAAGACAAAGCAACUUCAGCCGACCAACAAGUUGAGGAACAGCAGUCCGAUUUCUGGAAGGGAUUUGAGAGUGAAUCGGGAUAUGAGCAGCAAUGGAUGGGCAGAAGGCAAAGCAAACUGAAGCGGAAAAAAAAAAAGAAAAAGAAAAUCAGAUCUUGCUCUUCAGUGUAUGAGAAAGAGGGAAAAGAGAAACAGGGGACCAAGUCGGAUAAGAGGAAGAGGGCAGCAAAGGAGCAAGGAUCGAAGGAGAAUAUGCCAAUUUUUUCUCCAGGUUUCCAAAAUCAGGUGGCAGGAGAGUCAAUCACGGACAGUGAUAUUGCAAUUAGAAAUGGGUGUAUUCGCAGAGAUUUUGAGCUUUGUACUGCAGGAAGAAUUUGGGCAUUCGCAAAGAAAAUUGGAGUGGGUGAUCGGGGUAACGAAGCAGAGGUUAUUCAGAGACUAAAGGAGAUGGAAGCUCGUGACAGGAGGCAGACCAGGGCACCAAAGGAGUCGAAGCUUGAGGUGGUAGAUUACCAAGUUUGUAGAACUAUAUGGGGGGCAGACAAUUUUGACUGGGUAGCAAAAGCAUCUAGAGGAAAUUCUGGAGGGUUAAUAUGUAUAUGGAAUAGUGACAUAUUGAAAAGAGAUUAUACAAUUGAAGGCGAGAAUUAUAUAGGAGUUUAUGGAUUUUGGGGUAUUUCAAAAAUCCCUGUACACAUCCUGAACAUAUAUGCACCUUGUGAUAUACCUGGAAAAAGGCUUUUGUGGUCUAGCGUUAAGGAGCUGAUAAUGGAAGUAGAUGGUCGUUGGUGUCUAAUGGGUGACUUUAAUGCCAUCAGAAAUACACAGGAGUGGAAUGGAGGUAGAACCAUCAGGAGGGAUAUGUCAGAUUUUGAUGAGUUUAUCAGGGAGUGUGGCUUGAUUGACCUUCCUCUCAUCGGUCGGAAAUAUACAUGGUAUCAACCCAAUGGAGCAGUCAUGAGCAGAUUGGAUAGGUUUUUACUGUCCGAGGAAUGGUGUCUCACAUGGGGAGAUAUAAAACAGUGGGGGUUGAAAAGAACGAAUUCAGACCAUUGUCCUAUGUUGCUGAAAAAUCUUUCAAUCGAUUGGGGUCCCAAACCUUUCCGUUUUUAUGAUGUGUGGCUUGAGUCACCUAGGUGUAUGGAUCUAGUGAGAGAUGUGUGGAGCUCAACAUCAAUCUCAGGAUGGCAUGGAUACAAACUAAAAGAAAAGUUUAAGGAAUUGAAGAAAGCCCUGAAAUUAUGGAGCAGUAACAUGGUUUCGGAGAUAGACUCAAUCAUCAAAAAGUGCGAAGACUCUAUAGCCGCUAUUGAUCUAAAAGGUGAAGUGAACCCCUUGUCUGAAGAGGAUAUACAAAAAAGGAGGGAUUGCUUUUUGGAAUUAUGGAAACAACAAAAAAUAAAAGAGGGCAUGUGGCGUCAAAAAGCCAGGAAGGCAUGGAUCAAAGACGGGGACGCCAACACAAAAUUCUUCCACAGAUGUGUUAAGGGCAGAAGGAGACAAAAUGAAAUAGUUGGCUUGCAAGUGGGAGACAAAUACAUGGAACAGGUCAAUGAAAUUAAGGAAGGUGUUGCAAACUACUUUGAAAACCUGUUUGCAGAAGAAAGGUGGGAACGACCUCAUCUGGAUGGGAUUGAAUUCAGGAAGAUCUCUGUUGCUGAUAACUUGUUUUUGCUUGCCCCAUUCAAUGAAGAGGAAGUCAAACGAGCAGUGUGGAGCUGUGAAGGAUCUAAAGCACCAGGACCGAACGGCUUUAAUUUCAAUUUUAUCAAACAAAUAUGGGAUUUGAUCAAAGGAGAUAUGGUGGGUUUUGUUAACGACUUUCACAGAAAUGGGAGGAUGGUUAGAGGAGCAAAUAGCUCUUUUAUCGUGCUACUUCCUAAGGUUACUAACCCCCAGAAGAUUGAAGAGUUCAGGCCCAUUUCCUUAAUCGGAGUAAUGUACAAAGUGAUUGCGAAGCUCCUGGCAAACAGAAUAAGUUCGGUUCUGGAUAACAUCAUUGGAGAAAGUCAAAUGGCCUUCAUUAAGGGAAGACAAAUAGUUGACAGCGUUGUAAUCGCUAACGAAACAAUUGAUGCAGCAAAGAGAAGUAAAACUGCCAGUUUUCUGUUGAAAGUAGACUUUGAGAAGGCAUACGAUAAGGUGUGCUGGAAGUUCCUCGAUUACAUGAUGAUGAGGAUGGGAUUCGACGCUAAAUGGAGAGGAUGGAUAAGCGAAUGCUUGAAGACAACAGAAAUAUCAAUUCUUCUCAAUGGCAGCCCUACCAGACAAGUAAAAAUUAAUAGAGGCCUGAGACAAGGUGAUCCACUGUCACCUUACUUAUUUUUACUGGUUGCUGAAGGUCUAAAUGGCAUCAUUUCUGCAGCAAUCAAUCAUGGACUUUUUGAAGGAAUCAAGAUAGGCAACAGGGGUAUAAUGGUAUCUCAUUUACAGUAUGCCGAUGAUUCAAUUCUGUUCGUUCUGUUCGGCAAGGCCACGGAGAGUAACAUAUGGGCAGCAAAGAGCAUUAUGAGAAUCUUUGAGCUGGCAUCAGGACUAAAGAUCAAUUUCCAAAAAAGUCAACUCUUGGGAAUGAAUGUAUCGGAGGAAUGGUUAUCUAAAAUGUCAUAUAUCCUAAACUGUAAGAUUGGAAUAUUCCCUUGCAAGUAUCUGGGGGUACCAAUAGGAGGCAAUGCCAAAAGUAUCUCUAUGUGGAAGCCCCUGGUUAAAAGUUUUGAGAAGAAGUUGAGCUCAUGGAAAGGUCGGUUUCUCUCCCUCGGUGGAAGGAUUACCCUCCUCAAUGCUGUGCUAUCCACUCUUCCAGUUUACACCAUGUCAGUACAUUUGCUACCAAAAGGUUUGAUUCUUUCACUCGAUAAAAUCCGUAGAAAUUUUCUUUGGGGGGGCGGUGAGGGGAAGAGAAAGGUUAAUUGGGUUUCAUGGGACAAUGUUUGUAAAAACAAGGCAUUAGGCGGGUUAGGAGUGAAAGACCUUAGAAAAUUCAAUCUUGCCUUAUUGGGGAAAUGGUGGAGUAGACUUGCAAGUGGGGAAGAAGAGUUAUUGUACAACAUCAUCAAUCAUAAGUAUGGGAGUCUAGAGAGUAGAUGGUGUGAAUGGGUACGGGAGUAUAGCCAAAAGAGUUCUUUAUGGUGGAGAAAUGUUUGUAGAAUCAAUCAAUUAGACACAAACAAUGAAGGAUGGCUAGUUGAGGGUUUUAAAUUAAAAUUAGGAGAGGGGAAUUCUGUCAUGUUUUGGAGGGAUACAUGGAUAGGGGUUCAAUCCCUUGCUGUCCGAUUUCCUAGACUUUUCUUGGUUUCAACAGACAAAGAGAAGAGGGUCUCACAAAUGGGUAAUUGGAUCAAUGAGCAGUGGCAAUGGACAUUAAACUGGAGACGUCCGCUGUACGAGUGGGAGGAGGACAUCUAUGCUGAAUUGCAGGACUUACUUAAUCAAGUUCAACCAACCAAAGAUAGCAAGGACAGGUGGAUAUGGAUGCACACUAAAGAAGGAAAAUACUCAGUCAAAUCAGCUUAUACCCUUCUUUCCAACGACAACCGAGAUAGUAGAACUCAAAUGCACAGAAGAACAUGGAGCAAACUUAUCCCUACUAAAAUUAGUGUGUUUGGUUGGCAAGUCUUGCAGGAUAAAAUUCCCACAAAGCUUAAUCUGUAUAAGAGGGGAAUCAUAACUAAUCCUAGCCUGAUUAUGUGCGGUAUGUGUGGAGGUAGUAUUGAAGAUACCAAACAUAUUUUCAUCCACUGUAAAGUUGCUUUUAUGGUCAGGAGUAAGUGCGCACAAUGGUGGAGGUUCCUCUCGGUCCAACCCGAAACUUGCCAAGAUGAUUUUGAACAACAUAGACCCCCUGUCAAAGACUGUUCCGUGAGAGCUGGGUGGGAUGUAAUAUGGUUCUCCAUCGUAUGGUCAUUGUGGCUAGCAAGAAAUGCUAAGAUUUUCAAGAAUCAGGAGCCAGAGACUGACAGAAUUUUUGAACUCGUCCGUUUAAGAGCCUUCAAUUGGAUCAAGGGCAAGACAACAUGUUAUUCCUUCUCCUUUCAUGACUGGAUGCUGGAACCUGUCCUAUGUCUUAAAGAUAAAAGAGGUACACAUUAAGUUUUACCGCCAUGAAAUGCAGAUUGUUGUUAUAGUCAUUAGUGGUUGUUUAUCUAUGGCUGCCUUUUCGCUGGUAUAUGUCCCUAGUCUUUUGUUAGCUGGGAUUUAUCCUGGUAUUUUGUUUUCCUGCAAGGUCUGAUGAUUUUGCCAUUGAGCAGUCACUUGACUCUGGCUAAUUCUUUUGUUGGUACAUAGUGGUCAAUUCUAUGCUAGCUGAAGUCAGUGGAUGCUCAGUGAUAAUAUAUUCUGUAACACGGG